AUGAUCACUAUCACAAUGGCCAAACACUUCCUUUUUUCCCUCUGCUUGCUGCUCUUCAGCACUGCAUGUUUAGCACAUCACUCUGAGUUAGACAGGUUCAACCAAUGCCAGCUUGACAGUAUCAAUGCAUUGGAACCAGAUCACCGUGUUGAGUCAGAAGCCGGUCUCACUGAGACAUGGAAUCCAAAUCAUCCUGAGCUACAAUGCGCCGGUGUAUCUCUUAUCCGACGCACCAUUGAUCCUAAUGGCCUUCACUUGCCUUCUUAUUCACCAUCUCCACAGUUGAUUUUCAUCAUCCAAGGGAAGGGAGUACUUGGGCUUGCAGUUCCUGGUUGUCCUGAAACUUACGAAGAACCACGCUCACAAUCUAGACAGCAGCAGCAACAACAUGACAGCCACCAGAAGAUUCGGCGCUUCUCUAAAGGUGAUGUCAUUGCCAUUCCACCUGGAAUUCCUUACUGGACCUAUAACCAUGGUCACGAACCUCUUGUUGCCAUUAGUCUUCUUGACACUUCCAACACUCUAAACCAGCUCGAUUCAACCCCCAGAGUAUUUUACCUCGGUGGAAAUCCAGAGGCAGAGUUCCCCGAAACACAGGAAAAACAAUACGAACAACAUCAACCAAGACACAGUUCCCCCAUUGGACGUAGAGGUGGACAUCAACAAAAAGAGGAGGAAUCCGAGGAACAAAACGAAGGUAACAGCGUGCUGAGUGGCUUCAGCGCAGAGUUUUUAGCACAUUCACUCAACACCAAAGAAGAUACAGCCAAGAAACUUCAAUCUCCACAGGACGAAAGGGGUCAAAUCGUAAAAGUAGAGGACGGUCUUCAAAUUAUCAGUCCUGAGUUGCAAGAAGAAGAAGAACAAAGUCAGAGUCAAAGAGAGGAGGAAGAGGAACGAGAACAAAGAGACCGCAAACAUAGCAAAAAAGAAGAGGAGGAUGAGGACGAGGAAGAAGAACGAGAACAAGGAGACCGCAAACAUAGCAAAAAAGAAGAGGAGGAUGAGGACGAGGAAGAAGAACGAGAACAAAGAGACCGCAAACAUAGCAAAAAAGAAGAGGAGGAUGAGGACGAGGAAGAAGAACGAGAACAAAGAGACCGCAAACAUAGCAAAAAAGAAGAGGAGGAUGAGGAUGAACCUCGCAGCCAUGAGACUCGUCGAAAGUGGAAAAAACACACCCAAGAGAAGAAACGAGAAUCACGCGGGCAAGGAGAAGAAGAAAAAGAACUAGAAAAGGAAGAGGAGGAAGAGGAAGAAAUACAACGUCAACGCAGCAAAGGAGGAAAGAAUGGUUUGGAAGAAACUAUUUGCAGUGCAAAGAUUCGUGAGAACAUCGCUCGCCCUUCACGUACUGAUCUUUACAAUUCACGUGCCGGCCGCAUCAGCACUGUCAACAGUUUAACCCUCCCAAUCCUCCGCAAUUUACGCCUCAGCGCUGAAUAUGUUCGUCUCUACAGGAAUGGUAUAUAUGCUCCACACUGGAACAUCAACGCCAACAGCCUCUUGUACGUGAUUAGAGGACAAGGAAGAGUUAGAAUAGUGAACAGUCAAGGAAACCCAGUGUUCGACGACAAGGUGAGAAAGGGACAAUUGGUGGUGGUGCCACAAAACUUUGUGGUGGCUCAACAAGCAGGAAAUGAAGAAGGAUUGGAGUAUGUAGUGUUCAAGACAAAUGAUAGAGCUGCUGUUAGCCACGUAAAUCAGGUGUUUAGAGCCACUCCUGGUGAUGUUCUUGCAAAUGCUUUCGGACUUCGCCACAGAGAGGUUGCUCAAAUUAAGUCUAAUGGAAACCGUGGCCCGUUGGUUCGGCCUCAAUCUUAG